UGGGUGGUCUCUCGCCCCGUUCCUCACUCUCACUGGAGGGUUUAGUCAGACAUUUACUGAGAUCUGAAUGUUUGCUUUGGAUUUCAUGUUGGAGCACGGGAGGAGGUUCUCUCACUUUUCUUGGAUUUCGGUGGAGUUACCCUGGAGGAGCCCUGUGUGCGUAUGUGUGUGUGCGUGCGUGCGUGCGUGCGUGCAUGCCCUCGUGACGUUACGUGACCAGAUGUUGUCCAGGUGCUAAACAGGAGAACUCGGACAAGAACGUCCUCAGAGAACAGCAGCUCUUCACAGAAUGACGACGAAAGUUAUUUGCUGUUCUUUUCUCACCACAUGGCAGCGCGUCCCUGCGGCCUCCUCACAGACGAGGAGGAUGAGGUCCCGACCCACUCAUUUGGAUACCAGCACUUGGCAGUCCAGGAUGGCGUCCGCUGUGGUGAGCGCGGGCGGGAGUGGACUCUGAAGGCAGCGGUCACCCUGCUCUAUGUGCUCUGUGGAGUCCUGGCCGUUGCCGUGGCUGCGCUGGCUUGCAAAGUGGCCCAGAGGGUGGACCAUGUGAGUCGAGACCUGGAGCUCCACAGGGAGAAGAUAGCAGACAUGGAGAAGGACCUGAAGAAGCAUGACAACAAGACCUGGGCGGCCUCGAAGAGCACCGGCAAUGAGAUGGAGGCCUUGUGGACCAGCAUCCAGGCCCUGCGGGGCCACCUGAGAGACGUUGCAGACCAGGCCACAAGCAAUGAGGCGGUGUUGAGUCGGCUCCAGGGUGCCGGGCAAGUGACAUGGAAGAGGUUCGCCGCCCUGCACAAUACCGUCAGUCUCCAUGCCGCCGCGGUCGGAGCCGCAAACCUCAGCCUUCUCUCUAGCAGUGAUCAAGUCACUGCCCUGCAGGUGGACACAGAGUCGCUGCGAGCAGACCUCCAGAAGGAGAUGCAGGAACGAGGCCAGGCACUGGGUAGCGUGAGCCACCUCAACCUCUCGCUCGCCCGGCAGCGGAUGAUGUUGGUAGCCCUAGAGCAUGCUGCGGAUGCAGCUGCCCAGGCCGCCCAGGAGCUCCGCACGGAUGCGCAGGACCUGAAACGGGGCUUGCGGGAGCUGGGGAUGGAUGCCGAGUGGCUGACGGAGACGUUGCAGGGCCUGAUGGUUGGCACCGCUAAUAGUUCCGCCUUGUCUGCCUCCAGCAGGGAGGUGCUGGAAGAGUUCCGCGGUCAGGUGGUGACUCUAGCUGGGCAGAUACACGACACUUCGGCGCUGGUGGGCGUCCUCAGACAGAAUCUGCAGGAGACGCUGAGUCAAGUAAAUGGCCGCAGCAAGGCUGCAUCUGUCACGUUUGAGAGCCUGGAGAUGCAGACGGACCGCACCGAGCAGGGCGUUGACCGCAUCACAACGAACAUGAGCGUCACCGGCCAGCCGCUGGGCAACCUGAGCAGCGAGCUGAACAAGCUGCACCAGUGCGCUGAGGUCUCGAUCCGACACUCGGACCGCCUUCUGGCGCUCGACGCUAGCUUGGCGGACCUGCGAGAUGAUGCCGCUGGCCUGCUGUCGCAACAGGAGGAGUUGGCUGCCCAGCUGGACGGCGAGAUGACCAACCUCUCGGUGGUCGUGCAGGAGAUGAAGAUGGUGGACAGCAGGCACUCUGAGCUCAUCAGCAACUUCACCAUCCUGACAGGUCCUCCUGGUCCACGUGGUCCACCAGGACUGAGGGGACCGCAGGGCUCUGUGGGGCCCCCAGGACUGAAGGGGGAAAAGGGGGAUCUUGGGGUCCACGGGUUGCUUGGACUCAAGGGUGCAAGCGGCAUCUCGGGAGUCCCAGGGAACCCAGGGGCCAAAGGUCAACCGGGGCCUCCAGGCAGCCCUGGUACCAAAGGGUCCCCUGGUUUAGGGGGACCUGUGGGUUCCCCAGGGCAGAAGGGAGAACCUGGCAUGAAGGGACUGGUGGGUCCUCAGGGGCAGCCAGGACCGCAGGGGCCACAGGGCCCACCAGGAGCUCAAGGUCCAGAUGGAAUUUUUGGACCAGAAGGGCCACGUGGUCCAGCUGGCCCUAUCGGCCCACCAGGACCUCCAGGGUUACCAGGACAACCAACUUAUCCCACUCUAACCCCUGGAGGCCCUUUGGUUCAGAAAGGAGAGGCGACACCAACUAGAGUUCCAGGUUGCCCUCAGCCGUGGAAACUCUUCAGGGACAGAUGUUACUACUUCUCCUCGGAAAGAGCGGACUUUGAAGAAGCAGAAAAGAACUGUGGCUCAAGGUCUUCAUCUAUGAUCAUCAUCAGUGAUAUGGAGGAGCAGCAAUGGGUGCAGAGGGAGGCAGCUGGGCGGAGCUUCUUCUGGCUGGGUUUGACCGACAGAGAGGAGGAGGACACCUGGCGCUGGGUGGAUGGAACCCUACCCGUUUUCACGAGGUGGAAACCUGGUCAGCCGGACAACUGGAAGAGCAGGGACCCUCAGGGUGAGGAUUGUGCCGGUAUGGUGCACCAAGGCUACUGGAACGACUUCUUCUGCCACGACCGCCUGGGAUUCAUCUGUGAGCGGGACGGUUCAUAACCCGGCGCUGAGUGGAGCACGUGACCGCUGUACGCCCUUCUACCUUCGCACACCGGCUGCUUUACGGGUACUCGGCGCAUCCGCGCUGCGUCAGCCUCGCUUGUGUGGGACACGCGGGAAACACACACUUUAUUACCGAGCUCAUAAAAGAGCAUGUGUCCCGUCAGCAGUGUGUAAAACUGCGCUCGUCACAUGAGCCCUCGCUUUAACAGCACCUGCUGUCAUCUCGCACACGCUGUGCAACGGAGACGGCGCGGGCUGAUCCUGGCGGCGACACGGGACACACUCGGAGCGUAACAGCGUGUGUGUCCGCAACACUGUGCGGAGUUAAAUUUCCUCUCAUCAUCAUCAUCAUCAUCAUCAUCAUCAUAUGCAGAACGGAAGGCCUCCGAUGUCACGCCUGCUCAUCCACAAUAUGUGUUAAAUACUGAAUAUAACGAUGAAUUUGUCUUCCCUCAUACGAUCAUGUCUUUCAGUAUCUUUUAUAUUAAGUUUCCAUACUGCAGGUAAUUUCUGAAAAAAAUAUGCAGUUUUCAAUAUUUUUCAGACAUUUUUUACCAGUUUUGAAUGUUAGUUCUUCGUGAAUUCUUUUCCUGUUUUUGUGACUCAGUUUCAGUUCUGGAUGCUGAACAUGAACUUCCUAAAACCCCGCACCCUGUCUGGGUUUACAGUGCAUAAGUGCUAGGUGGACAUAAUAAUGGAAACGCCACAUAAGAAUGACGUGAACUUGGCCGAAAGGGCUCAAGAGAAACUCGCCAUGGUGGUCCGAGAAACGCCGGAGAUGUUUAUUGCAAACACACACACGCGCGUACGGGUGUGCGAGUGUGUCAGCGGGAGGACGCGGAUGCCAUCCUGGAUACAUUUCGGCGUGUUUAUUUCGUUUUUCCAGGCCACCACUGCGAACUAGUGAGCUGUAAUGAUGCUCCUCGCUCGGGGCGGUUUGCUUCUACCAGCAGCUGGUCGUCGGAUCACCUUCUUCGGCCCUCGGUGCGAGAACUGGCUUUUGCUCGUGCGGUUUUUCCCGAGUUUGUUUCUGGCAGGUAGUCGCCGUACGGAGUCGAUAUUAUCCGUUGAAGAAAAAAACCGAAUGUUGCCGUUUAUUUCUGGAAUCCCGUUGUCGCAGUUGAAUUCCAGACUUUUUUUCCGUCCGAGAAACCUUUACAUGGCUUCAAUAAAAUGGUCCGUUGACCUUUGAUUUGU